AUGGCCUCCGGCUGGUGCACAAUAGAGAGCGACCCCGGCGUCUUCUCGGAGCUCAUCACGGAGCUCGGCGUCAAGGGCGUGCAGGCGGGGGUGCAUGAGCUUUGGUCGCUCGACAAGGAGUCAAUGGCGGAGGUCGGGCCUGUGCACGGUCUCAUUUUCCUCUUUCGCUGGCGCGGCGAGAAGGACGACCGGGCCACCGUCACUCCCGGGCCCGGCGUGUUUUUCGCCUCUCAGAUGAUUCCGAAUGCGUGCGCGACCCAGGCCAUCCUCUCGGUGCUGAUGAACUGCCCGUCCAUCUCGCUGGGCGAGGAGAUGACCGCCUUCAAGGCCUUCACCAAGGACUUCCCCCCCGACGUCAAAGGGCUCGCCAUCUCCAACUCGGACCUGCUGCGCCGCGUGCACAACUCGUUCGCAAGGGCGGAGCCGACGGUGAGCGAGGAGCGGCGGGCGAGCAAGGAGGAGGACGAGGUGUACCACUUCAUCUCGUACGUGCCCGUCGAUGGCAAGCUGUACGAGCUCGACGGCCUCAAGGCGGGCACACCCUCGCUGUACCCCCUCCAGCCUCCAGCUGCUUGGCUCGACGCAGUCACUCCCGCCAUCCAGGCGCGGGCUCGGGCUUUGGGGAUCGAGCAGUACUCUUCGCGCGAGAUCCGAUUCAACUUGAUGGCCGUGCAGGCGAGGGCCGGCAAGCUGCCCUCGCCUGCGGAGCUCGAGCGGCUAGCCGCCUCCCACCCGGAGCCGCCUGCCACCGGGGAGGUCGCCGUCGACGAGCGGACGCUCGAGCAGCUCCUCAUCGCGCUCGCCCAUCUGACCGCCCGGGCGGCAAAGGUGGCCGCAGACAUCGAGAACGAGCAGCAGCGCGUCGGCCAGUGGAAGAUCGAAAACAUCCGCCGGCGGCACAACUACGCGCCCUUCAUCGUCAACUUCCUCAAGGCGCGGCCGAGAGAUGCAGCCGAGAGGCGGCCGAGACGCGGCGGCGGGCGUGUGCCAUGUCACGCGUCCGGCUGCGAACAGGUCCUCGCCGAGCGCGGCGAGCUUGGGCCCCUAGUGGAGCAGGCGAAGAAGAAGCAGCGGCACGGGGCUCGCUGA